AUGAACGUCUUGAUUGUGUUAGCCUUUGUUUUGGUUUCCUGUAAUGCGGGUUACGAUUCAAUAAGAACACGCAAAUACGACGAUGGGGGAGAUGGUGGAGUAUAUGGAGUAGCUUUAGGAGUAAGAGGAGGAGUAGGAGGACAAGUACUAGGAGGAGCAGUAAGAGGACAAGCACUAGGAGGAAGAUUGGGAGGACAAGUACUAGGAGCAGGAGUAAGAGGAGGACAAGUACUAGGAGCAGGAGUAAGAGGAGGACAAGUACAAGGAGGAGGAGUAAGAGGAGGACAAGUACAAGGAGGAGGAAGAGUAGGAGUUGGUUCAGGAGGAGGAGUAGGAGAAUAUUUCUUUCCAGAUGAUUCGUAUGGUCCUGUAGGCGGUUCAUUUAGUCCUGUAGGUGGUUCAUUUGGCCCUCUACGCGGUUCAUUUGGUCCUGUAGGAGGUUCAUUUGGUCCUGGAGGCGGUUCAGGUGCAGCAAGUCCUCAGCUUCCAGAAUAUCCUCGAGGCACCUCCAGGAAAAGAUAUUGA